AGACCAGUCGUGGUUUCUUACGACUGAAGCUGGACUUUCUCUCCUUCUCUCCCCUUUAACCUCUCAAGCAUUCCAUUUCACCUUGUCAGUCCUGAAAGAAAAUUCAAAACCCAUAAAAAGAAAGAAUACAAAAAACUCAAACACGGAAAAAAUGAUAAUCCUAAGCAUCUUAAUAGCAUCUUAGUAGCAACGCCCUAUUCAGUUUGCUUCUUGGGGUUUGGAGAUUGUUUCUGCUUUGCAGUCCCGGAAAUGGAAGAGAGCUUAGCUCACUGCCUGAAGUUUUUCACGAUUGUGUACCUCUUGUGUUUGGCAAGCUUGAGCUCCGCUUUUGCUCACGUUAGAGGGCUCGACGAGCAGCCACUGUCCAAUAUUGCCAUACUCAAGACCACUCUCGCACUGCGUGACUCUGUCUCCAUUAAAGCCAGCCCUCAGAUUCUCGGGUUACAGGGUGAGGAUACUGAGUGGGUGACUGUGAAUCUUAUAAACCCAGAUGCCUCUGUGAAUGAUUGGAUUGCAGUUUUUUCUCCAGCAAACUUCAACUCGUCAACCUGUCUACCAGCGAAUGAUGAAGAUCAGGCUCCAUAUAUAUGCUCAAGUCCAAUAAAGUUCAAGUAUGCAAAUUCCUCCAAUUCAAAGAAUACAAAAACUGGAACAGCUGAUUUGAAGUUCCAGUUGAUCAAUCAGAGGGCAGAUUUCUCCUUUGCAUUAUUUUCUGGUGGUUUGUCAAAUCCUAAACUGGUGGCAGUUUCAAAUUUCAUAUCAUUUGCCAAUCCUAAGGCACCUCUAUAUCCACGCCUUGCUCAAGGGAAGUCUUGGAAUGAAAUGACUGUAACCUGGACUAGUGGCUAUGCGUUGAAUGAAGCCGUUCCGUUUGUUGAAUGGGGUGUGAAGGGGAAAACCCAAAUUCAAUCAGCAGCUGCAACAUUGACAAUUGAUCAGAACAGCAUGUGUGGUUCACCUGCACGGACGGUAGGCUGGCGUGAUCAAGGUUUCAUACACACAAGUUUCUUAGUAAAUUUGUGGCCAAACUCUCUGUACACUUACAGGAUGGGCCAUCUUUUAUCUAAUGGAUCAUAUAUCUGGAGCAAAACCUAUUCUUUUAGAUCAUCUCCAUAUCCUGGACAGGGCUCACUACAACGUGUGAUAAUAUUUGGCGACAUGGGGAAGGCUGAGCGUGAUGGGUCAAAUGAGUACAGCAAUUAUCAGCCAGGAGCACUGAAUACCACCAACCAGCUCAUUGAGGACUUGAAAAAUAUUGACAUAGUUUUCCAUAUUGGAGAUAUAACUUAUGCAAAUGGAUACAUCUCACAGUGGGACCAAUUCACGUCACAGGUGGAGCCCAUUGCAUCAGCUGUCCCAUAUAUGAUUGCAAGUGGUAAUCAUGAACGUGACUGGCCAGACACAGGAUCCUUCUAUGAAAAUACGGAUUCAGGGGGAGAAUGUGGUGUGCUUGCUGAGACCAUGUUCUAUGUUCCUGCUGAGAAUAGAGCCAAGUUCUGGUAUUCUACCGAUUAUGGCAUGUUUCACUUCUGUAUAGCUGACAGUGAGCAUGACUGGAGGGAGGGAACAGAACAGUACAAGUUCAUUGAGCAUUGCCUUGCAUCAGCAGAUAGACGGAAACAACCAUGGUUAAUCUUUGCCGCUCACCGUGUCCUUGGAUAUUCCUCUAAUGAUUGGUACGCCAAGGAGGGUUCAUUUGAAGAGCCCAUGGGAAGGGAAAGCUUGCAGAAGCUCUGGCAGAAGUACAGGGUAGACAUCGCAUUUUAUGGCCAUGUCCACAACUAUGAAAGAACAUGUCCUAUUUACCAGAAUCAAUGCGUGAGUUCAGAAAAGUCACAUUAUUCAGGCACCAUGAAUGGCACAAUUCACGUUGUGGUUGGAGGGGGAGGGAGCCACUUAUCAGAGUUCACCACAGCAAUACCCAACUGGAGCAUUUACAGAGACUAUGACUUCGGCUUUGUCAAACUCACUGCAUUCAAUCACUCUUCCCUGCUCUUCGAGUACAAGAAAAGCCGUGACGGCAAUGUCUAUGACUCCUUUACCAUUUCGAGGGAAUACAAAGAUGUCUUGGCUUGUGUGCAUGACAGUUGUGCACCAACUACUCUGGCGUCGUGAAAUGUACCUUGAAAUUCUUUUUGAGAAAUCUCUAUGCCUGAUUGAUCCAUGCAAAAGUAUCUUUACAAGUGGGUGUGAAAAUAUAUCCUCUAUGCCAAUUGACAUGAUAGGUACUUA